UUUAAAUAAGGAACUCGCUUGCCUCUCAAAUCCAUAUCGAGUUAGGUUUUAGGAGUUCCUUCUCUGCGAAAUCGAGCUUUAAGCUGCUGGGUUGUCUCAAGAUCUUAGUAUUGGCUGGUUAGAUCCGAUUACAUCCGUCUCUCUCUCUCUCUCUAGACCCAAACCCCUCCCUCCCCCCCCUCCCCCCCAUACCCCUCCCGCACCCUCGAUUCGAAAACAUGCCAUCGAUUGUGAUUGCGAGGAACCAGGCGAGCGGUCAGAACUUGGUCGAUUCGACUAAGCUCGCAAGAAUCGUAAAUGAUUCCAAAACGUCUCUCCCUAAAGAGAAGAAGGAUAAGAAGGAGAGGAGAAAACACAGGACAGAAAAGCGUGAGAAAUCUCACAGACAUUCUUCUAAAAAGUCCAGCAAGUCCCCAGGCGUGUCUGAGAAGAGUGGUGUGACCGAGGAGCUCGAGGGACCUCAAAACCACCUCGGUUAUCUGUCUGAUGGAAGUCUGAAUAGUAACAAGAGGAAAAGAGAUGUCUCUCCUCCGGCUGUUGAGAGUCUCAUCAAAGUUGUGCCUGUAGCAGGUAAGCCUCUACGUAUUCGUUUGACCUUCAAAAAACCCAAGGUUGAAAGUCCUUUGCCCCAAGAGGAUGUUGUUGCUUGUUCCACUUCCGGUGCUGUCUCUCUCAAUCUGGCACCACGAGCUGCCGUAUGCUCUUCUGUAUGUGAGCCUGAGCUGAAUAUUCCCUCAACAUCUGAGGCCUUAAUAGAAGAAACAAAGAAGAUAUGUGAGCCUGAAGUGAAUGUCCCCUCAACAUCAGAAGCUGCAAUAGCUGGUGAAGUAAAGAAGAGAAGGAAACACAAGCCGAGCAAAGAAGACCGGUACAAUGCAUUGUUUGAUGAUUGGACUCCAAUUUCCACCACUGCCAUGGAGGUUGAUUUUUCCUCUAAGGACGAUGACGACUGGCUAUUUGGUGGGAGCAGGACGAAAGAGAGAAGAAACUGCAAAGCAUCAAACAAGAUUGAUGAAGACGUGCGCGCAUCUUGUGAUUCGUCUUGGCCAAAAGCUCAGUUUCUGUCUCAAGUCGGGAUCUAUUCUUUACCGUACACCGUCCCGUUCUAGUGUUUGUUAUGUUAAGUCUUUGCUCUGUGUACAGUAACACUGAUUGUAACAACAGUUCUCUAAUCUAACCCAAUUUUGAUACGGUUCA